AUGGUGGAAAUUUAUUAUAAACGACCGAUUAUUUCAGCCCGUUAUAGAGAGGACAAGUCUUUAUUUCUAGAAACUGGCAACGGAAUUGAAUUUCAACACAAAGAAAAAAAAUUCAAGAUUUUGCUAGGUAUGUUGGCCUGGAGUUGCUACUCCGAAAGCGCAGGUGUGGCUUCAACGGGCGGGCGCAUGUUACAGGAAAUCUCUUUGUAUAGAAUCAUAGGUCGACGUAACUACAGAAUCUUCGAAUUAAUUAAAGUUGUUAUUAAGGAUGACAAAUUUGGCUUGUUGAGCAUUAUUCUAGGGCUUUUAGAUUUCCUGCGCUGUAGGUCUGUACUACAUAUAUUUAACUAUUUAAGUUUAGAAUUACUUAACGACCAAAAUGCAUACGGCGCGUGUCAGACUGCAUGUAAUAUUGGUUGGGUUUCAUGUUACGCUACCUUUGGCUACGUUGCCGGAACGGUCACCGCGGGUGCAGGUACACCUCUCGUUAUACUUGGAUGUAAUGCUGCGCAAGGUGCUUGUACGGUACUUUGUGCACCUCUGUUAGUAGCUCCUACUCCCUAG